UUGUAGACUUCCGGAGCACGGAGUAUGUGGCGGUAGUAAAGAAUUACUGUAAAACUUCGAUCUUGAGUUUAAUUUGAUGUGGUUGGGAUCUUUCGAAGAAAGUUCGGUAAUAAGGUCUACAUUACAUACAGAAUAGCGUCUGGGAAACGGAGUGUCCUGACGAGUCAUUUAGUAUCUGAUGCAAUAUGGCAACAACACUUCGUCCCCUCAUCCGGAUAGUCCCACGCCUCCAGGAGAGUGGACGUCAUGUAAAGUUUGUACGGUAUUUCUCCAACGCGGGUUUAGAGAAACCAACUAAUGAAAACACGCCCACCAUUGGAGCUCCAGUGUUGGGAGGAGAAGGACGCGAAGGCUGCGGCGAUGAUGGUGCUGGUUCAGCUCGGAGAGGUCUUCUCAGAGCCGCGGCGUUAGGACUCGCUCUGACCGGAGCUGCUUUAAACAGUGUUAGAGACGAGCGGGGUGAAGCUGUCUCUCAGAGGACACGGUCUCUCACAAACACUGCACUCCAUUACCUCGUGCCUACAGCAUACUGUGCUUCCCAAUACAAAGGCGACGGUCCGCGGUAUAAGUACAACUUUAUUGCGGAUGUAGUGGAGAAGUCCGCGCCUGCUGUCGUUUACAUUGAGAUAUUAGGACGGCAUCCGUUCUCUGGUCGUGAGAUCCCCAUCUCCAAUGGCUCUGGCUUCAUAAUCAGUGCUGAUGGCCUCAUCGUUACAAACGCCCAUGUAGUAGCCAACAAGCGUGGGGUUCGUGUCAAACUGACCAACGGAGAGACGUACAAUGCAACUGUACAAGAUGUGGACCAGGCUGCAGACAUUGCAACAAUUAAGAUCAGUGCCAAGAAUCCCUUGCCCACCUUGCGUCUUGGGAAUUCAUUAGAUGUACGUCAGGGGGAGUUUGUGGUUGCCAUGGGCAGCCCCUUCGCCCUAAGGAACACCAUCACAUCUGGAAUAGUUAGUUCAGUUCAGAGAGGCAGCAAAGAACUGGGCCUGUCUAAUGGCAACAUGGACUACAUACAAACUGAUGCUGCUAUUGAUUUUGGGAAUUCGGGUGGUCCACUUAUUAAUUUGGAUGGCGAGGUGAUUGGUAUUAAUACCAUGAAGGUGACUGCUGGGAUUUCAUUUGCCAUUCCCUCUGACAGACUUCGUCUUUUCCUUGAGCGUGCAGCCAAUCAAAAGAGUUCCUGGUUUAGUGGGUCACAAAGCAGACGGCGCUACAUCGGAGUGAUGAUGUUAACUCUCACACCGAGUAUAAUUGCUGAGUUGAAGAUGCGUGACCACUCAUUCCCUGAUGUAGCACAUGGAAUCCUCAUCCAUCGUGUCAUCACUGGCUCUCCAGCCAACAGAGCGGGUAUGAAAUCAGGUGACAUUGUGGUGGAGGUCAACGGAGUAAAGGUGAGCACAUCAGAAGAAAUCUACAAUGCAGUAAGGACAAGUGACAGCAUUAACAUGGUGGUGCGUAGAGGUCAAGACUUGCUGAUGCUGCACAUGAUCCCUGAGUGCACAGAAUAACAUAAUAGCAAAAGAGAAAUGUUAAGAUGUUCAGAAUAUUGAAUGUUCUAAAGGGGUGUUGAAUUACUAGGCCUGUGUGUACUAUACAUUAGAAAGUAGUGGAAAUUACAUUCUAAGUUGAAAAUGUCA